CCAUUCUAUUUAGUAGCACAUCUCGUGGUGAACAAUGUACUACAAUGUAAUCCACUCGGUGCAUUAGUAGUGAUUAGUAGCACGAUCCCGAAGUUAACAUAGUGCUUGUGAUGCUGCUUCGAUGUACUACGAUAAAUACAACACGAUAGAAUGAUCUAGAUGAAUCCCGAAAAUGCUCGGUAUACUUGUGGCUGGACGACUCGUUCAAACCAACUUCCAACAAGUUGGAGAGAAUCAGUUCUUAACCAAUGUGCCUGAUGCUGAUAAUAUAAAUCAUAUUGUGGUCUUCCUGACUGGUACCGUGCCAUUCCCAGAUGGCAUGGGGGGUGCAGUGUACUUUAGCUGGCCUGAUCCUAGUGCACCACCCAACUGGCAGUUUCUCGGCUAUAUUUCCAAUAUUAAGCCAUCAGCUAUCUUUAAGAUAUCCACGUUGAAAAAGAAUCACGAAUUCGAGAACAGUAAUUUGGGUAUCUUUGGGAUAGGCAAGAUCUCACAUGUAGCUCAAAUUGGAGUAUCUGUGGAACCACUGAUAGUAAUCGAGCAGCAAGCAGCUACACUUGCUGCCACUACAACUAACAAUUCCAUAGAAUUCGCUGGGAAGAUGCUAACCAGUUUUAUGAACUAUGUGACAAGUUUCUCAGUGACUCAGGCGCAAAUGACGCCAAAUCCAACAGAGAACUUUGUGCCUCUGUCAUCAGUGCAGGGAUGGUACGAGACGUUUCAGAGGCGGUUGCAACACAAUUCAAAGUUUUGGAAGAACAUGUGAUCAGGAAUAAAGUGUGAUAGAGCUUUUUAGAAUAUAAAUUAACACAGGAUAUGUAUUUUUCCGCAUAUGAUCUAGACGCUGAUGUUGCACUGAUGAUGCAAACAUGCAUUUAUAUACACUCCAUAACAAUGUUAUGGCAAAUGCUAAGCACAACUACUGUGAAUAUGCAUUUGUGUUUUUGGUGCUACUACAAGAUAUUGAAUUGUCUAAAAUUAAACAUUUGUAUAUUGCCACUAAUAAAUAAGUGGCAGUUACUUGAGUUUUUGUACAAAAUUACAAUUUAUUGUAUGUAUUUCAAUUUUUUAGACAAUGUCACAUUAUGACAUUAUGACACACAUUAACGUCAAAGAUGAAAUUUGUAAUUCAUAAUUUAUGGUUUGUUGGAAUUUCUAAUUCAGCUAUCAAGAUGGUAUUUCUAUAAGAGAUUGAUUUAAUAAAAUUUGCGCAACUCAUUACAAUGUAUACAUAUGCGUAUAUUGUAAUUUAUGAUCUCAAUUUUUCUCUAUUAUAUACGAGUUAUUGUUUUAA